ACAUCGUGCUUGGGGAUUUUUAGUUUGACUCAUUUUUAUACAAUCGACAUGAAGGAAUUUAGGAUUGUUUCUCUGGUGGUAUUGUUUUGUUGCUUGGUGAGACUUGCAAGUGGAUUAAAUCUGUGUUUCAGACUGUGUAGCUGGGCUGAAUGGGGGAAUUGGAGUCAAUGCAGCAGCACGUGCGGAGGAGGCUCCAGAACUCGUUCCAGAGGGCUGUGUGCUUGGUUGUGGUUGGAUUUUCACCAGAAAGUAAAGCACUGCAAAAAGUCAGCGUCAGAUGCCUACGACAGCCAGCCAUGCGGCCAGCUUUGCUACAGAGGCUCAUGGUCGGACUGGCACAAGAGGUGCGAGUGCGACCAGGGUUUCAAAGGGCGAUGCUGCAAUGAAAAGACCUCUGUGUGGUCAGGUUGGACUCCUUGGAGUCAAUGUUCCCGGUCCUGCGGGGGUCGUGGUAUGCGGAGGCAAACAAGAGUAUGCCUUAACAGUGGACCAGAGGGUUCGGAAAAUGUCUGCGAAGGAGAGUCGUACAGAGCUAGAGCUUGUGAUGUUCCGCCUUGUCCAACCACUACGACAUCGUCAACCUCGAUUCCGCCCACCUCGCCUCCAACCGCACUGGAUUCAGCGUUUCGGUUUUUGAAGAGCAUUCCAGGGAACAAGUCCGUCGCAUUAAAUGAACUGGCCGUGUUGGAAUGUGACACUGAACCAGCCACGGGAAUAUCGUGGUUCUUCGGAAAGGUUCCAAUCAUUCAGACUUCCAGAAAACACAUUCUUCUACCGCAUGGGGUGCUCCUUAUUCCUGCCGUUGACGCGACCACAGUAGGGGAGUACACAUGUGUGGCGGAGUUAGACGGGGAGCGCCUGGAAUCUACGGGCUGGAUCACGUCUCCUGAUAUCAAACUGUGUAACCUAGAAAUAACUGAGGGGCCAACGAACGUCACAGUGGCCGUAGGAGAUCUUCAUACAUUUCCUUGUCUGGCAUCACCAGCGGGACAAGUCACGUGGUUCAAGAACAACCAAUCACUGCCAGCGGACGGCCGAAUCCAAGUUCUGGUGAAUGGAUACCUGUUGAUUCGAGGGAUAACCCACGAGGAUGCCGGAGAGUACAAAUGUGUUGCAACAGAUAGAUAUGAGUGCAGGGUGGAGGCAAAAGCCGUUCUUACAGUUUUUGCAAAUAUCAACGAAAUUUGCGGGAGUCCAGUAAUAGCCCAGCCCUGGUCAGCUACACCGGUGCAAAGGGGGUACAUCGUUGGAGGGAGAGAUGCUCGGAUAGGCAGCGCCCCCUGGCAAGUUAUGCUCUGGGAGGCGACUGCUCUAAAUUUCUGCGGUGGAGUCCUACUCAACGAGUU